GUGAAUACCAUGAUCUCUAUCUUAAAACUGAUGUACUUAGUCUAGCAGAUGUCUGGACAGAGUUUCAAAAAAGGUCUAUGGAAUAUUAUGAACUUGAUCCCAGUCACUAUGUUUCUGCCCCAUCACUAUUCUGGGAUGGAAUGCUUAAAAUGUCAGAAGUUAGAAUUAAACUUUUCACAGAUAUAACCAUGCAUGAUUUUACUGAAAAAGCUAAGUGUGGUGAGUACUGUUAUUGCAAUUAUUUUUUGCCUUCAUAUGUUGAAUUAGCCA